GAAAAACAGUGUACAUCGACAGUAGGAUAAAGCUUGUCUUGUAUCGGGCUCACACAUCAGGCGGCUUAACGACAAGAGGCACCAGAAACCACUGAGAAGAUAGCAGAUAUGUUCACCAGAAGUGUUUACCCGGCUGUUCAGGCAGCCAGAUUUGCGGCCAGAGGUAACAGCACCCUCUCAAACACUGCUACAACCGUGAAAAUGGUCAGCUCAGUCAAAUCCGGCCAGAACCCAUCACAAACGAAGACAAACAACAUCAUUUCCGAAGCUCUGGGAUCACCUUCUACCGACUACAGCUCGAGCUUUUUCUCCAAACGUUCGUUUGCACCUCUUUCGAGCACCGAACCUGAUCCGUACGACUAUGCAACCAGAUUCAUACUUUCCGACAAGCUAGCAGGACGUUCAGUGUCGGUUGUCAACAGAGACUUGGACAGGGCUGUUUACCAAUUUGAUUCCCUGGUGAGAUCAAACAGAUUGAGGGAGGUUUCAUAUGAUCAGCGCUUCUACACAAAGCCAAACAAGAGACGUUUGGCAAAGAGAGUCGCCAAUCGUAAGAGAGUCUUUGAAUCUGGUAUCGCAAAAUUAUUCGAAGUCGUCAAAGAUGCAGUCAGAAAAGGUUACUGAUUCCUGCCAUCUUCUUGUAUAUAUAUAUAUAUGAAUUUAGAGUCUUAUAACUGAAACAGACAAAUAAAAAAAGAGGAUGUAUCAUCCAUCAUAAUAAA